CUGGCGCCGCCGGCGGAGCGGGGCGCGGGCGGCGGGCGCGGGGCCAAGGCGAGCUUCCGCGUGCUGGAGAACUCGGCCCCGCACCUGCUGGACGUGGACGGCGAGAGCGGGCUGCUCUACACCAAGCAGCGCUUGGACCGCGAGGCGCUGUGCCGCCGCAGCGCCAAGUGCCAGCUGUCGCUCGAGGUCUUUGCCAACGACCAGGAGAUCUGCAUGAUCAAGGUGGAGGUGCAGGACCUGAACGACAACGCGCCCGCCUUCCCCGCCGACCAGGUGGACAUGGACAUCUCGGAGAACGCCGCCCCUGGCACCCGCUUCCCCCUCACCAGCGCCCACGACCCCGACGCGGGCGACAACGGGCUGCGCACCUACCUGCUCACCCGCGACGACUACGGGCUCUUCUCGCUGGACGUCAAGUCCCGAGGGGACGGCACCAAGUUCCCCGAGCUAGUGAUCCAGAAGCCGCUGGACCGCGAGGAGCAGAGCCACCACACACUGGUGCUCACGGCGCUGGACGGGGGCGACCCGCCGCGCUCGGGCACCGUGCAGAUCAACGUGCGCCUCAUCGACUCCAACGACAACAGCCCUGUCUUCGAAGCGGCCUCCUACGUGGUGGAGCUGCCUGAGAACGCGCCCCUGGGCACGGCUGUCAUCGACCUCAACGCCACCGACGCCGACGAGGGCACCAAUGGCGAGGUGCUCUACUCCUUCAGCGGCUACGCUCCUGACCGGGUGCGUGACCUCUUCAGCAUCGACCCGCAGAGCGGCCUCAUCCGCGUCAAGGGCAACCUGGACUACGAGGAGAGCGGCCUCGUAGAGAUCGACGUGCAGGCCCGCGACCUGGGGCCCAACCCCAUCCCUGCCCACUGCAAGGUCACCGUACGCCUUGUCGACCGUAAUGACAAUGCGCCCGCCAUCGGCUUUGUCUCUGUUCGCCAGGGGGCUCUCAGCGAGGCCGCCCCGCCAGGCACCGUCAUCGCUUUGGUGCGGGUCACUGAUCGUGACUCAGGCAAGAAUGGGCAGCUCCAGUGCCGGGUGCUGGGUGGCGGGGGCAGUGGUCCAGGUGCCGUACCCUUCACACUGGAGGAGAACUAUGACAAUUUCUACACAGUGGUGACUGACCGGCCACUGGACCGUGAGGCACAGGAUGAGUACAAUGUUACCAUUGUAGCCCGUGAUGGUGGCAGCCCCCCGCUCAACUCCACCAAGUCUUUCUCUGUGCGCAUCCUCGACGAGAACGACAACCCACCCCGCUUCAGCAAAAACCUCUAUGUCCUACAGGUGCCAGAGAACAAUAUCCCUGGUGAGUACUUGGGCUCUGUGCUGGCCCAGGACCCGGACCUGGGGCAGAAUGGGACUGUCUCCUAUUCCAUCCUGCCCGGGCAUGUAGGCGAUGUCUCCAUCUACACCUAUGUCUCUGUCAACCCCACCAAUGGUGCCAUCUAUGCCCUGCGGAGCUUCAACUAUGAGCAGACCAAGCACUUUGAGUUCCGCGUGCUGGCCAAGGACUCCGGCUCUCCCCACCGCGAGAGCAACGCCACUGUGCGUGUCACUGUGCUUGAUGUCAAUGACAAUGCACCACUUAUUGUGCUGCCCACCCUCAUCAACGACACUGCCGAGCUCCAGGUGCCGCGCAAUGCUGGCGUGGGCUACCCCGUGGGCACUGUCCGAGCCCUGGACAGUGAUUUUGGGGAGAGCGGGCGUCUCACAUAUGAGAUCGUUGAAGGCAACGAGGAGCACCUCUUUGAGAUGGACCCAACCAGUGGUGAGAUACGCACCUUGCAUCCCUAUUGGGAAGAGCUCAGCCCUGUGGCUGAGCUGGUGGUCAAAGUCAGUGAUCAUGGCAAGCCUAGCCUCUCAGCUGUGGCUAAGCUAAUUGUCAGGGCCUUGGCUGGACCCCUGCCUGAAGCCGGUGAGCCUCAGGUGAAUGGUGAGCAGCAUCGGCGACCUCACUGGGACCUAUCGCUACCCCUGAUUGUGACCCUGAGCACUGUCUCUAUCAUCUUGUUGGCUGCCAUGAUCACCAUUGCUGUGAAAUGCAAGCGGGAGAACAAGGAGAUCCGCACCUAUAAUUGUCGCAUUGCUGAAUACAGCCACCCCCAGCUGGGAGGAGGGGGAGGCAGUGGUGGGGGAGCAGGUGCAGGUGGCAGUGGAGGGAGCAAGGGCAAAAAGAAGAAGAUCAGCAAGAAUGACAUUAUGCUGGUGCCCAGUGAAGGCGAGGACAGUCGGGGCCCCCUAAAUGUCAUGAACGUGGUGAGCAGCCCCUCUUUGGCCACCUCACCCAUGUACUUUGACUACCAGACCCGUCUGCCCCUCAGCUCACCCCGGUCUGAGGUGAUGUACCUAAAGCCUGCCUCCAACAACCUGACUGUACCCCAGGGACAUGUGGGUUGCCACACCAGCUUCACGGGGCAAGGAACUAACGCCAGCGAGGCUCCACCGAGCCGGAUGUCCAUAAUACAGACAGACAAUUUUCCCGCAGAGCCCAAUUACAUGGGCAGCAGGCAGCAGUUUGUUCAAAGUAGCUCCACGUUCAAGGACCCAGAAAGAGCCAGCUUGAGGGACAGCGGGCAUGGGGAUAGUGAUCAGGCUGACAGUGACCAAGACACUAACAAAGGCUCCUGCUGUGACAUGUCUGUUAGGGAGGCACUCAAGAUGAAAACUGCUUCAACUAAAAGCCAGCCGCUCGAACCAGCAUUCCCGACUUUGCUUUCCUUUGCUAUCCUCACCCUACACACCAUCACAAGUAGACUUCAGUCUGUUGAUCUGCUUCUGCCAGAAGAAACACUUAAACCUUAUGGACUGGUGAAUGAAAAACAGCAAGGCAGAGGCCAAAGACCCAUUGUUGGGAUCUGUGGACCAGCCCGCUGUGAGGAAGGAAAAUUUUCAGAACAAGAAGAGUGUGUUAACUGUACAGAUGAAUGCAGAGUCCUUGGUCAUUCUGACAGGUGUUGGAUGCCACAGUUCCCUACAGCCAAUCAGGCUGAAAAUGCAGAUUAUCGCACAAAUCUCUUUGUACCCACAGUUGAAGCUAAUGUUGAGACUGAGACUUACGAAACUGUGAAUCCCACCGGGAAAAAGACUUUUUGUACAUUUGGAAAAGACAAGAGAGAGCACACUAUUCUCAUUGCCAAUGUUAAACCUUAUUUAAAAGCCAAACGUGCCCUGAGUCCUCUUCUUCAGGAGGUUCCCUCAGCAUCGAACAGCCCAACCAAGACAUGCAUUGAGCCUUGCACCUCAACAAAAGGACCACUGGAUGGUUGUGAAGUAAAAUCAGGAGCCUUGGCUGAACCAAGCAGCCAGUACCUGUCAACUGACAGUCAGUAUCUAUCACCUAGUAAACAGUCAAGAGACACUACAUUCAUUGCAUCAGAUCAGAUGGCUAGGGUCUUUGCAGAUGUACAUUCCCGAGUGAACCGAGACUCAAGUGAGAUGGACUCUGUUCUGGAGCAGUUAGACCAUUCAAACCGGGAUCUAGGGAGAGAGUCAGUGGAUGCAGAGGAAGUUGUGAGAGAAAUUGACAAGCUUUUACAGGACUGUCGGGGAAGUGACCCUGUGGCUGUGAGAAAGUGAGAAAAAAAGGGGGGAUAGGCUGGCAUUAUUUGCCUCUUCUGCUGAUUUAAAAAACAAAACAAAAAAUCUCCCCUGGUUGUAACAGUUUUACAGGGAUGAAGGAAGACCAAUGCUGCUUUAAGGCUUUUAGUGAACAUCUGAAGUGCCCACAAGUAUGUUCUUUUCACUGCUCUUUCUUUUUCACAGAUAACACUGGUUUCGUUUUGACCAAACUUUCAUUAGGACAGAGUGAAGUACAUUAAGAACUAAAAAUGAAGAAAGACGGUGCCAUUUUGACAAUCUGAUAGGAAGGUAUGAGAAAGGAGGAAUGGAAAUACGUCUGCUGUUUUAAGACUGUCCUUAAUAGUUGAUGCUGACUUUACUGUUUACCUGUAAACCCCAUGAAAAACAGGGUUGAAUAAUUCAGAUCUGUGAUGGAUUUCCAACAGUAAUCACAGGCUUCUACUGAAAGUCCUAAAAAAGAUCUUGUAGUAGUCCAAGCGACACCAAACAUUAACAUUCAUUUGUGGUAAACAUUUCUGUAUAAAGUUACCUGCCACAAAAAGAAAAGCAAACAAAAACCCAUUCCAGAUCAUUUUUCAGCAAAACAUAUCCUGGUCAUUAGUAACACACUUCAUAUCAUAUUAAAGUUAAAUGUAAAAUGAUAUAGUCCAUUUUGUCCUGCACACACAUAAGCUAAUUCACUUGAUAAAAAGAAAAAAAGGUUUUAGUGUCUGUUUAGCGUUUUAGUGUCCAACAAAAAUAUAAAUAGUUAGCAGUUUUAAAUAAAUUUGAGGUAUAAUAAAAGUUUGCAGAAAUAGUUACCUUUGAAGGGUAAUAAAUGAAAAUAAUUAACAUUAUUAACACUUUUUUAUUCAUUUGUGGACACUAAAAUAGCUCAGGAAAGUGAAAAUGUCUUAGACAUCCACACAAAUCACAUGAUCAUUUAAAUGUGCAAAUGUAAGAAAAUUCAGUGUGUUUACAUCAAAUGACAUAUUUUUAUUGAUUUAUUGCAGAUUCAGUGCAUAUGAGCCAAAUUGUUGAGUGUAUAAGAGCUAUAUUGUGUAUUUUAUUAAAUUAAUAUAUAGUUGUGUUGCAAAAAUAUUUGGGCUUAUAUUGUAAAUGGCAAGUGUUGCCUCAGUAGCUGUCGAACUCUAUGAGUUUUGUUUUUCCUGCUUCCUUUUCCCCAUGGAGUGUGGGAAGCAGUGCCUCAGAGCAAAGUCUCUUGUUUAAUGUAUGGUCUACAAAGUACUGCAGUACAUAAUCCGUUCAAAAUGUGUUUGAGUGAGCUGAUGGAGCUAACUGAACGGCCUACAAAUACAUCCAUCAGUCAUGGUUAUGUGCAAGUCCUUGUAGAAGCUUCUAUUGCAAACCCAUGCUUAAUAACAAAAAUUACACUUGAACCAACACCUGAAACCUCCUUGCUUUUUUCCAAAAACACAUAUGCAACCAAUUUGUUUCGCUAUCACGUUCUUGUAUGAAUUAAAAAAUGAUCCUAGUAUGCUUAUGUUUAUGCUACUGCUAAGUACAGAGCCUGAAAAUGAGUCAAUGCCCACAUGGCAUGAAUGCUGUUUUGUCUGGUUCCUUAGAAUGUGUGAAGAUUUGGUAAAUUCAUGGGUCUGGGCUGUUGGUAUUAUUUUAUUUUUAUUUUAAGUUAUUUUGCUAUUUUUUCUUUGGAAAAAUUUGAGAGGGAAUUACUUUCCAUGUUUCAUUCUAAAUGUCUUCAUAGUGUUUGAUAAAUUACAAAACUGGUUCCAGGUCAAAGCUGAAAAAAAUAUCAUUUUUAAAUAUAUGCUUAAAAUGAAAUGAGCACAAGUAUAAGGAAUAGCAAAGGAAAAACAUUUUUCCCAUAGACAUUUUAAAAGCUCUGUGAUAUAGCACCAUAAUAUACCGGUAUAGAAAAUUGUGGUCCUGGAUUGAGUCAUAUUUGAGCUAAAUUAAGUCAUAUUUUUAAAUGUAUACAAAAACUAGGUUUGCCCUUUCAGAUCCCCCAAAGCCAUACAGUAUUAUUCAAUUCAGGAACAAAGUUAGCCAACAGAUGGUUAUGAUGCUGGGCAUUUUGUUAAAAUAAUGAUCAUAUCUAUCAGUCCUACAGUGACUUGUAUUUGAUUCUUGGAGAUGGCCAUUCCAAAAGCUUUAUUUAGAAAAGCUAUAAUCUUAUGUGAACAAAUGAUCUAGUCUGUGUUUUAUCAAACUAUGUUCCAUGUUUUGGACAAUUUUAGGUAUCCAGAAUGUGUGGCUGACUGUUCUACAAUAUUUUUUUUGCCAGGAGACUCAAGGUUGAUUUUUGCUUGAUAGCUGAAAUUCCAUAGUGGAAAGGACGGACCCCUUUUUAGUUUCAUCUGUCUUUUAUACUAAUUUCUGUAGGGCCCAUUGCUCUUGUGUUUGAGGUUCCAAGCAUUUAGCUCUGGCAGCGAGAUUCAUUAUUCAGCAAAACUUAAAUGAUGGAGUCUUCUGUGCUUUAUACACAAUUUUAACACUGAGUAUCCAAUUGUACAAUUCAUUGUAUGUGUCUGAAGUCAUAAAAACACAAGGGCUCUUCUGAGAAAGGGCUGUACCAGUGUGAAAGGAAUUUACCUUAAGGCUCUCUGUCACUAGUGAUUUACUAGCUUUAGCUGUUUAACACAUUAUCUGUAUUUAGUAGUGAUUAUUUAUUUGCCCUGGUGAGGUAAUUCAGAAUUCAUGACACACGGCUUUAUAGCUGAGUUUAGGAAAUCUUGUUUUAUUUAAUUUGGCAGACAACUGCCUUGCGUUGUGGAUCGCUGGCACAUUGUUUCCAGUGAGGGUAUCCAAGAUUGUAAUAUCAGAAUUUAGGAGCGAUACAUAAUCAACCAAUAGAAUUUAUACAAACAUGGGUUUUGUUAGGUCAGUCAGAAUCAGGGGAAGUGAUUAAAAAUACCAUAUAUGGAGGAAAUAAAGUUAACUUUUUAUCCUUCAAACUUCCUGCUGUCACUACCAGGAAUUGUUGAGAGGAAGAGUUGAGACAUAAUUUAAGCUUGGGUCCAUGAAUUAUUUCCUGUAUUCUUUAUGUACAUAGGGCACCUUUUUGAAAGUGAUUUUUAAUACUAAGUGAAACUUCCAGCAGAUGACUGCAAAAAAGAUAACUGAUAUGGAGAAAAUCCCAUUAGAUAGCUAACAAAAUUAUGCAGUCACUUAUGAGUUGAAAAUUAUAAUUAUGAGUUGGAAAUCUAUACCACUUAUACAAAUAACUGAGUAUCAUUUCCUGUGAUUUCAAAGAGAUGUUGACCAACAAACCAGGGGUUCAAAUUCGCUAAAAAUAUUAUUUUUUCUUUGCUUGUCCAUCAGAAGUGAGCUUAUCCUUAACUGUGAUUUGCCAUUGCAGUAUGCAGGAGGUUGCCCAUUCAGAAAUAUAACCAUAAAAGUCAUGCAGAUGCUAGUAAUGGAGCUGGAUGCUUUAUUCAAACCAGCUUUCAAGCUGUUUGUUGCCUAAUGGAGUAGAAGUUGCUGAGGUCAACAAGUAGUUUGAAGUCUGGCAUAAUAUAUUCCUACUCGUUAUUGUCUAAUUACAUUCUUUCGACAUCAGGCAGCAUUUAUCAGUGCAUUAAUUCAGAUGUGAGUUUUGGAUAUCAAGAUUUGCUGAUUUGAAGUGUAACUGAAUGAAACCUGACUAAGGUUUUAACUUCUUUAGCCCAACUGUUCCAUAGGUUAGCAGUUCACAUAUAUCAGUCCCUAUAUCCCCGUACGGCUCAAAGCUGCACCAGGUCAUUGGUGAACAACACAAACAAUCAAAAGCAGCAUACAUUGUAUGGAUUAUCUCAACCGCUAUUGUUUAAUGGCUGUGUUUUAUGUGACCUAUCUGGAAAAUGAGGACUACGAAUAAAAAGCAAUUACUAAUAGUGGUGUUGCCUACUCUUGCAUUCAUUAACACAGAAGAAAUGUGUUAAACGCUGCAUACCACAGGGAGCCUGAUGGUAAUUACUUUGGAAAAGCAACUUGUGGCAAUGCGGCUCUUGCAGCUAGUUAUCAGUUUGCCAAAAAAAUGACAGUUCCUGCUUCAUUUAUUAGAUGUGUGUGACCAUUUGCUCUCAACAGGAAGGUGGUGAAGACUUCUCAUCAAGCUGGGUAGGUUUAUCUUUUAAGCAGCUGAUGCGUUGAAGCCCUAAAGGCUGUUAUUUGCUCACAAGAGUAUGGAACUGCAGUAAUAGGACAGUUUGGUUUAGUACUCUGAUGUGAACUCACCAAAAGCAUUGUAAAUGAGGGUCCGAGUUCUUAAAGGCUGUCAGCCCAACCAGAAAGAUCACAUUACUAUUUGAGUGUACAAGUGGAAAAAAUAAUUUAAAAGAUAUAGGUUAGCUUUCUUUUCUUAGUUGUUUAGGUAUAUUUUUUUUAGUCUCCUGACUAA